UUUCUCGCUAUGCUUUAUUCUUUUCACAAGUCUGUAAGCCCACACACAUCUCCACGGGCGAGGAAGCAAAAUAAGGGGCGUCUGAGCGUCUGGUUCCUUCCUAGGUGUAGCGGAGGGUAGGGUGUCAACGGCUCUUUGUAAGAUGGCAGGGUAUAUAUAUGACCCUCUUCUUGGGUUGUUGCUUUGAAGAAUGAGGACCAAGUAACGGGACAACUUACCUUCACACACCCUUUCGUUCCCUUCCGUGGAGCCAUAGGGACGAAUGUGUCGUUUGCGCGUGUAACGGGGCUUUGGUCCUCCUUACUCUGGAAAGGGCUUUCCCCCCGUGUUAUGGCUUCUGGAGUAACAGUGAAUGAUGAAGUUAUCAAGGUUUUCAAUGACAUGAAAGUACGAAAAUCUUCAACGCCAGAAGAGAUUAAAAAACGAAAGAAAGCAGUUCUCUUCUGUUUAAGUGAUGACAAAAGACAAAUAAUUGUAGAAGAAGCAAAGCAGAUACUAGUUGGUGACAUAGGUGAUACAGUGGAGGACCCUUAUACAUCUUUUGUGAAGCUGUUACCUCUGAAUGAUUGCCGAUAUGCUUUGUAUGAUGCAACAUAUGAAACAAAGGAAUCUAAAAAAGAAGACCUGGUUUUUCUAUUCUGGGCUCCAGAGAGUGCGCCUUUAAAAAGCAAGAUGAUCUACGCAAGCUCAAAAGAUGCCAUUAAAAAGAAAUUCACAGGUAUUAAACACGAGUGGCAAGUAAAUGGGUUGGAUGAUAUUAAAGAUCGAUCAACACUGGGAGAGAAACUAGGAGGCAAUGUGGUAGUUUCACUUGAAGGAAAACCCUUAUAAAAGGACAGACAAGUGCCAUCUGGAGCUUCCAUUUUUGCAGCUCAUUCAAUUGGAAUAGCAUUAGUUCCUUUUGCCCCACCUUCCCAGAUCCCAAAUACCUGAAGGAGACGUCAUUAAACAGUCUAUAAGUGGUCACCAUUAGACUGUUUUUAAACCUGAUAGUUUAUGUAGAAUCCAAGGAAUGCCUCACAUCAUAUUCUUAGCCAAAACUGAUGUGGGCAUUCCUUGCAAAUAUGUACAGUGAAUGUGAUAGUUGAUGUGGAUAGUCUAGCCAAGCAACAAAAGGUUUAAGCUAAUUGAUUGCCUUUAAAGUAUUGUCCAACGGUCAAAUGGUAGACUCUAUUCAGUAUUACUUUACAGUUGCACUUGAUCGCAGUUCCAUGAGGCUCUUGUGCAUUCAUACACCUCACCUGCCUUGACAAGCCUUUUUUGUUACAUGGCAGCACUCAACACUAUGCAUUUAAAUUAAAGCACUUUUUGUAAUAUGUUUUAAUUCCCCUUUCCCAAGGAAUGCCAAUUAAGUUUCUGUAAUUGUCAUCAAACUGUUGUAGUACCCCAGUCUUCAUUCCUGUUACAUGCAUAUCUUUAUAAGUGAAGUAGCUGUUAAUGAUGCCUUUUUGUUUUUCUGUUGAAUGUACACUACUGAACAGGAGUAGGAACUAUCUGUUUACCAUGCAAGUCUUGCAACACUAAUGAUGUUUUGUAAAACAUCAAUCAUAAUGGCAAUUUCUGUAUAAAAAGAGCCUUAAAUGGAACAUUGUUUUUGAGAUCAAAUAUAUUAGCCACGUUGCAAUAAAACUUGUGGCUUAUUACAGAA